AUGGUGGACGUGAUGCAGAAAUCUGUGUUGAUACCUUACGAGAAGUACAGCCGUCUCAUGACACUCCAGGAGACACAUCGCGCGAAUUCCGAAGCAGACGCGGAGAGAGUCGUGGCAGAAAAUGUAUCUGAAAACAUGAUAGCCCUACCACACCCGGAGGAAUCACAGAACCUUGACAUGUCAACUCAGACCGAAUCCGAGGACUCGAUAAAGCCUGAAACAACAUCAGCCAAUCUAUCUACGAGGGAAUCCGAGGAAUCGCUUAUCACAGCAAACUGGCACCACCAUUAUUCUGAGAAACAUCAUUCGCAAGCCAGAUGGGAUAGCUGUAACAAGUGCGACAGUUAUAUUUCCUGCACCAAAAACCCUCAACCUCCCACCAUAUAUGGAGAAGGAAGGGAUGGCUAUUUUGCAUCCCCCCCCCCUGCUGAUGUGAAAACUGUGGAAGAAGCUUUGGCAUCUCCCACCAAAACCAAAGUGUCCGUCCGUGGGAAAAUCAUUCAGGAGGAAGCUACACGUUUGGUAACAGUCAAAAAUGAAGAAAAUGUAAAGGUAAAAAACAUCUUCUUGGAGGAUUCCACCAAAAAAUGCAAGAUAGCAUUGUGGAGAAAUCUAGCUGAUCAGACCAUCAGACCAGGUGACUACGUGGAGGUCUCUGACUGCAUUACAAACACCUUCAGAAAUGAGGUAUCCUCAUCUACCACGUCCAGGACAACAAUCACUAAAACAGAGUGCCCAGAAGAAAAUGUUAAAUGGGAGAUAGAAUCUGUGUGCAUUGAGGACAAGAACACUGCCACCCUGUUGCUGAAAGAUGACAGAGUUGUGACAGCACCGGUGAAGUCCCUCCUGGAUGCCUUUCCUGAGUGUGAAGAAAAGGACCUUGAAAAGUAUCUACUUUCCCUUUGUAGCCCAACUUUAGUAGUACAGUGUACAUUUAAGGGCAGUGAUUUGAUUGCCAUGAAAUUUUAGGUUCUUGAAUAUACAUGGGAUUUUAUUUUUUUGUGUGUUCAGAAUGUGCCAUACAUUCCCAUACUAUUUGCGACACUUCAUGUUACUGCUAGUAUCAUCACAACAUCCCAUCUUGUUUUGUUUAUACAAGAGGUCUGUUUUGUAUUUUGCUUUGUGUUCACUUGU